AUGAUGAUUGCUCAAAUGAGAGCCACUUCAAAACGUCCCAAACUCACGUCAUGGGUGAUAUUAGUGCCGCUGCUCGGCCUCUCAUUCAACCUCCUCUUCUCCUGGUGGUUCAUCGGACAAUUGGGCGUCGAGACGUUCAAACCGGCGCACGACUACGACUUUGAGCACACCACCACGACGAACGUGCUCAAAUUCGUGUUCUCGUUCCCGACGUUUCUCGUGAUGGUGCUCGUUGCGUGGAUUUCGAUGGCGUUCGAGCACACUCCCCACGCGUUCACUCGCUGCAUUAUCGGACUCACCGCCGCACUUUUCGGCACGCUCAUUUCCGUUCUCGCCUACUCCUAUAGUCGAUCGGUUAGUUUUCAUGGACGCCCACUUGCAGUGAUCCGAUCGGCACCCGAACUUUGCAGGACCAUUGGGACCAAGUUUCAGCCCGAUUGGAUCGUCGGCUCCAGAGAUAUGUGGAUUCCAGUAUAUCUCGGGACCAGAUGAUCCGAUCGGGCUGAAACUUGGUCCCAAUGGUCCUGCAAAGUUUGGACCCGAUCGGAUCGCUGCAAGUGGUUCAACGGUCCAGGUCAAAUAUAUAUGCUCAAUUCGUUUCAGGCGUUCCUCCUCAUACCCAUCUAUCUCUUCAACUAUUGCGUUUUCUAUUCGAGUGUUCCUAUAAUAGUGCCGUACGCUCGAAUGAGUCACGCAAUUUCAUUCCCGAAGCACUAUCCGUCGUGCUCGAAACUUCUGAUAUUAAUCGUUUACUUUUUCGCCACCACAUUUCUAAUCCUUCUCGUUCCGUUCGAGUCGAUUAAUAACCUCGACGUUCUUCUCAUUCCCUACACUAUUUUUCUCAAUUUCUGCUUCACUUAUUCGCUUUACUGGUGCCAUUUGGCGUUGAUCGCCAGGGAGUUGAGAUUUGAGGGCUACUAUUUGGUGCCGGACAGACAACAAAGCGGAAAGUAUUUGAGGAAUGGACGCUCGAGUUGGCAUUUGGACGAACGACCGCUAUCUCAUGAUUUUCCCUAA